CAGCCCUCAUCUUCCAUCAGAAGCGCGGCAGAUGGCGUGAUAGCGCUUCGGAUCGCACAAUGCCAUCAUCCAUCCUUCUCCCCCACCAGUCUCGCUCCUCACGUCCAUCUUUGCUUUUCUCUCGCGUCAUUCUCACCACCUUUUAAUCAUGCCCUCCCAGACUCCCGGUUCCGACCCCUUUCCGCGUUGUAGAUAAUGUGAUUGAGACCCUGCCUUGGCCUGCUGCACCUUGCUCAUGGAGUGCGAGGCGAGGCCACGCGCUAUACCCAUCACCUCCUGCUCCUGCCGGCCAAGCAAGGCACUGUCGUCUCUAUCCAGGGACACCAAGACAAGCUAGCCUCACCAUGAAGCUCUCCAGCGAGCAGCUAUAUCGCCUGUCCAUUGCGGGCCGUACGGCAUCGGGACUCUCGCUGCUGGGCGUGGCAACAAUAUUCGCGACGUUUACAUUCUCAGAGAACUUUCGCAGUCCAACACAUCGUAUUAUGCUCAUCAAUGCGUUCUAUAACCUCUUUGACUUUAUCGCGACGAUGAUCUCGGUUAGUGGGCCCGAGGCGGGGGAUCAUUCUGCACUGUGCAGGUUUCAGGGGUUUUGUUUGCAGAUGUUCCCUGUUGCGGAUGUGCUGUGGACGCUCGCCAUGACGUGGGACGUUGUCCUCGUCGUCUUCUAUCACUAUGAGCCCGAGCGGCUGCGGCGUCUAGAGAAGAAGUAUCUCGUGGUUAUUACCACUCUUACAUUCAUCCCUGCGCUAGUCUUCCUUUUCGUCCGUGACUCGGAUAAGGGUCCGAUAUAUGGCAGUGUAGUGUUCUGGUGCUCCAUCUCCCCCAACUGGGUUCUCUUCCGGAUCAUAUUCUACUACGCGCCGAUAUGGAUCAUCAUCAUGGUCGUCUUCAUCCUGUACAUCUACAUCGGCCACGAGAUCUUCCAACUGCGCCACGAACUCAUGCUCACAAACAACGACUGCCUCAUCCUCUCCUCCACCGCAUCCCCAAGCAACGAGUCCAUCACAGCGCGGCCCCCGACGAGUCGAGACGAUAUGAAACAUCUUGAUGGCCCCAUAAUCCGUCCCCAAUCCGCCGUCUCCCUCCGCAAAUUCCUCCUCAUGCCAAUUCUCUUCUUCCUCGCGCUGCUGACGACGUGGGUCACCCCGACGAUAAACCGGAUCUAUGCCUUUCGGCAUCCGGGCCAGGAACCCUAUCCGCUUAUGGUUGCUGUUGCGGCGCUCGGGUCCCUGAGGGGGUUCUGGAAUGGGAUUAUUUUUGUGUCGAUGAGGUCCAAGGGGAAGGGAAAGGGGAGGAGAUAGAGCUUCUAUUCUUCUGGGGUUUAUGAGGGGGUGGGGAGUGGUCAUGGGGGGUGCACUACUGGAUGCACUAUACACUUUUUUUUCUCUGAGAUACUGUAUCUAGGGUUUUAUGGGUCACGGUUUGGACUGGAUUGGGACGGUUGGAACGGCGUUCUGGGCGGAUAGCGUGGUGCUUACAGGGAUUUUCAUUUCGGGAUAAUUAACCGAUGCAAUGGGUAUAAUUGAUCAAAUAUAAGCUUAUCUCUCAUUGACUACUGCCUAGUUGCUUCCUGCAUGAUAAAUUCCCUUCUCCCUCGGCCGCCACACCCAGCCACAGCCAAAUACGCACCUGCCCUCGACUCCCCUCGCCAGCUCAUCAACCAUCGCAGUCAUCCUACUCACGAUUCUCAGUAUGAAUAGUCGGCCCCUUCUCACUCUCUGCCUCGGUCUGCCUCCCGACCAAUUGGGCAACCUUCUCCGUCGCCGCCUCACCACCGACAAUAGCCGCAUCGCCAUCGAAGAACUUGGCAAUCUCCUCGAGGGGAGUCUCCUUGGUCUCGAUGUAGAACUUCCAGACGAUAAACAGCUCGAAGAGCAGCCACACGCAGUAGAAGAUGUAGUACUUCCACCCAAUGUCCUUGAGCGCGAUCGGGUUGACGUACUGGUUGAACCACAGACUCGUGUUGACGCACAGGAACAUGAUGGUCAGGCCCUUGGCGCGGAGUCUGUAGGGCAGGAUCUCGGACGAGUAAGACACAAGGAGACCGCUGAAACCGAUGUUGUACGAGAUGUAGAAGAGGAAGAUGAACGCAAUGACGGCGUUUCCGGCGUUGGUGUCCUUGCCGCCGGGGCCCUCGGGGAAGCGGGCGAGGGAGAUGGUUGUUGACGUGAAGCAGGCGAUCAUGGCCAUGCACGAGGUGAGGAAGAGUUUGCGACGGCCAAAGUGUUCGACGAAGAAGGCGAUACCGGUUGCGGAGACGGCGUUGACGGCGUUGAGGACCAGGUUGAUGGUGAGGACUUUGUUGCUGUCGGU